AUGGCUGCAGGCGCCUUUAACAACAACCUCAAUGAUGUUGAUAUAUACGAUUAUAAAGUAGGCGAUAUGUUGGCAUUUCGUCACAUAGUGUACGACCACUUUGCUGUAUACAUUGGCAACGGCAAUGUAAUCCACCUGACGGGAGAGAGCGAAGUAGUUGGUAUCAGUGGCAAAGCACAAUAUGUAUUCUCCGUAUCAGGCAAACAAUACAACAAGGCUGUCGUGAAGUGCGACAGACUUGAAGACGUCGAUGGUAAAGCGAGGAUUAAAAAUAAAGACGCGAAAAACAAGCCCCCUCUACCACCACGACAGAUACUCGCCAGGGCUACGGAGAAAUUGGGGCCCAUUGAAUAUAACGUGGAAGACCUUUUGAUUGGAAUUGGAAUUGGAGCUCUUGGGAUAAUAGCUGUCGGUGUAGUUGCUGGAGUUAUCUUGAACAUGAACGACGACGACGGGGAUGACGAGGAGGAGAAGAGAAGGCGGAGGCGAAGGCGAAGGCGAAUAAAGCAGAAUUAUGAAUGA